GACACUGCCUUCCACGAACAGUUGGUUGUCGUCAGUGCCUCAGAGAUCUGCAGUCUUAAGUUUUUGGAAUCAAUAUGAAAUUUUUCGCUGUUUUGCUGCUGCUCAGCUGCCUGCUGGCAAGUGCUUUCGCCGCACUCAAGUCGCCUGUGUGUGGCGAGGAGUUUGGCAAAUUGGGCAACUGCAAGUCGCAGCAGCAAAAGUGGACCUAUCGCCGGGACAACAACGAGUGCCUGCAGUUCAACUACAGUGGCUGCCACGGCAACAACAAUUUGUUUGACAGCAAGAAAAUAUGUGAACAGACGUGCAAGAUUUAGACAAUAAUUAAGCACCCUUUGCCCUAGUUGUAAUGUGAAUAAAUUGGAAAGACUUUGUAUCCUAA